CGUUGCUUGACGUUGUUGUUGUAAGUGGUAGAGAAUUACUUUGUCGGUGGUAGUCCGGUUCGGGGUCCUGUGCUCUGCGUAAGCUGUGAAUAUGCUUAAAAGUUAAAAUUCAAAUUUUUGAGGAAUAUAUGUGAUACUCACAAGCUGGGAGUUCCUGGAAAACUUAACGGGACGAUGAGAAGUACAUCUGCGUGGCCGCUGAAGGUGUGGCCGGUAGAGUAGCUCACCAGAGGACGGCUCCACCUCCUCGCUGGCUGUCCCGUCUCAGAGAGCAGAGUCCGUGGGUUUUUUUUUUUCUUUUUGUGUUUUUAAUGUUUGGAAGCAACCACUCAACUUGUGAAUUCAUGAUCACAUGACCGUGGACAUGGACGCAGUCCUGUCCGACUUUGUCCGUUCUACUGGAGCUGAACCGGGAUUGGCCAGAGAUCUUCUAGAAGGUAAGAACUGGGACUUCACGGCGGCGCUCAGUGACUUCGAGCAGCUGCGACAGGUCCACGCUGGCAAUCUGACGUACUCGUUCCCAGAAGACCGGAUCUAUCAGCCAUCCGAGAAGGAGAUGGCCCGGGUGGGGCGUCCAGUUCUCCACCGGCAAGACGAGGUGGUGCAAGCGGCGUCAGAGAAGCGUCUGUCGAGGGGCAUUUCUCACGCCAGUUCCACCAUCGUUUCGCUGGCCCGCUCUCACGUCUCCAGCACCGGCGGCAGCAGCAACGAGCCGCUCCUCGACACGCCGCUCUGCACUUUCCAACUACCGGACCUCACUGUGUACAGGGAUGACUUCCGCAGCUUCAUCGAGAGGGACCUGAUUGAGCAAUCCAUGAUGGUGGCCUUGGAGAACGCCGGACGACUGAACUGGUGGACGAAAGUGGUCCCAAACUGUCAGAAUCUGUUGCCACUGGCGACGAGCGGAGACGGAAACUGCCUGUUGCACGCCGCCUCGCUCGGAAUGUGGGGCUUCCAUGAUCGUGACCUGAUGUUGCGUAAGUCUCUGUAUGCGCUGAUGGAUCACGGCCUGGAGAGAGAAGCUCUGAAGCGCAGGUGGAGGUGGCAGCAGACCCAGCAGAACAAAGAGUCCGGGCUGGUGUACACGGAGGAGGAGUGGCAGAAAGAGUGGAACGAGCUGUUGAAGCUGGCCUCCAGCGAGCCAAGAAUCCACUACAGCACCAACGGCACCAACGGGGCAGAAUCGUCUGACGAGCCGGUCUAUGAGAGCUUAGAGGAGUUUCACGUUUUCGUCCUGGCUCACGUCCUCAGGAGGCCCAUCGUGGUGGUGGCCGACACCAUGCUGAGGGACUCUGGAGGAGAAGCCUUUGCUCCCAUCCCGUUUGGAGGCAUCUACCUACCGCUGGAGGUGCCAGCUGCCAAGUGCCAUCGCUCUCCCCUGGUCCUGGCGUACGAUCAGGCCCACUUCUCUGCCCUGGUCUCCAUGGAGCAGAAGGACAGCUCCAAAGAUCAAGCAGUUGUGAUUCCACUCACCGACUCGGAGCACAAAAUGCUGCCUCUGCACUUUGCUGUGGAUCCUGGGAAGGACUGGGAAUGGGGAAAAGACGACACAGACAACGUGAUGCUGGCGAGUGUGGCGCUCUCGUUGGAGGCCAAGCUCCAGAUGUUACACACCUAUCUGACGGUAACCUGGCUGCCGCUGCCGUGUGAGCAAGCCCCUCUGGCCCAGCCCGAAUCCCCCACAGCGUCUGCCGGAGAGGACGCCCGAACGCCCCCCGACUCCGGAGAGUCGGACAAGGAGUCGGUCAGCAGCAGCUCCAACGGCAACGGAGACGCAACUGCGGGCUCCAACGGCAGCGGGUCGUUGGCCAAAAACAGCUCGUCUUCUUCCUCCAGCUCCUCCAGCAGCGGGUCCGCCGGCGCCGGGACGGGCGGGAAGGACAAAACCAAGAAGGAUAAAGAGAAAGACAAGAAGAGGGCGGACUCUGUGGCAAACAAGCUCGGCAGUUUUGGGAAGACGCUGGGCAGCAAGCUGAAGAAGAAUGUCGGCGGGCUGAUGACGGGGAAGAACCCCGGCGUGGCCGGCGCCAAACCGGAAGGCGGAGAGAAGAAGAAGGGCUCAUUCAGGGGCAGGAAGGGCAGCAAGGACAGUUCGCCAUCUACCCAGGCCUCUGAGGACUCCGGGAAGGGAUCGCCGUCGUCGGGCAGCGAGCGCCUCCUGGGGACCAUGAGCAGCAUGAGCAGCAGCGGCGGCAGCAGCACAGAGAGUGAGCACUACAAGUACAGCGCCGACGUGAAGGUGAGCCUGGGCAUCCUGCGCGCCGCCAUGCAGGGUGAGAGGAAGCUCAUCUUUGCCAGCCUCCUCACCACCAGCAACCGCCAGCCCUUCCAGGAGGAGAUGAUCCAGCGCUACCUCUCCGACGCCGAGGACCGCUUCCGCGCUGAGCAGGAGCAGCAGCGGCGCGACGCCGAGCGGAAAGGCGUCGCCAAUAACCUCCCGCCGCCGAAGAAGGAGGAGCUGAGCUACCGGCCGUUUGACGCCAAAGAGGAGCGGACAGAGUCCUUACCCCCCUCCUUCAACCCCACGCCGCUGAGCCCCUCCCUCUACUCCGCGGUCAUCCCCAUCCCUCGCCCGUCGUUCAUCGACCAGCCCCACGUGCCGACGCCGCUGACUCAGCACCUCCACAUGCACGGCCACCUGGACGCACGGCGCCAGCUGGCCGGCGGUUCUCCGGCCGCCUCUUACCCGGGCCUCCCCGCCUACGCGACGCUGCCCCGCCAUUGCCCCGCCACGCCGGGUCCCCCCCAUCCUCAGUACAUCCCCUCGUCCCUCAGCCCCUCCCGGCUCGCCCCCUCUUACCUGCCUGAGUUUGACCCGCCCGAUUACCCCGGCGCUGAGCCCGUCGCCGGCGGCUACACCAACGGUUUCCGGGAGCUGAACGCCGGGCUGGACUGUCGGAGCGGGCAGCCCCCCAUCAGACACUACUCUCUGGGCAGCGCGGGCGGCCUGACCGGCCUGCAGUCCAGCCGCUGUCGGACACCCAGCUGCAACUACUACGGCCACCCGGAGACGGGGAACUACUGCUCGUACUGCUACCGAGAGGAGCUGAGGAAGAGGGAGGUGGAGCCGGCCGUCCACCGCUUCUGAGCAAAGAGUGGCCUUUUUGUUUCAGUUCAACAGAACGGGGAACGACCCCUGACCGUGUCACUUCCUGUUGAAGACAACGAGAAGAAACUGGGGGAUAGACUGUCGAAGAAACUGACUGCACUUCUGUUACGAUUUUGCUCUUAUGCAGCUGUUGUGUGUGUGUGUGUGUGUGUGUGUGGGUCUGAGUGUGUGUGUGUGGACUUCAACUCUCCACCUGAGUGAAGUUAUGCAAAUGCCGCUUCUUCUAAUUAAACAAAAUUUGUGUCAAAUGUUACAUUUUUGUGCAGCACAAAUUUAUGUUUGUGCCACUAUCAUUUUAAAGAUAUUAAUGAAUGUUUUCAGAGGUCAUCAAAGGUCAACCAGUCAGUCCACAUUUACAGAAUCAAAGGAAACAUGGUGUCAAUCAGCUGUGCUACAUCUGCUGGUUCUUACAUCAAAAAAUUUUGUUUUAUCUUUUAUUUUUAAGGCUGAAAAUGAAAAGUUCUGAGCUCAACCUGCUGGUUGCUUCUUUCUGCAACUAUUUUUAUUUAUUUUAUUUUUUGCCACAGUUGGUUGAUUGACACCAAAUUAGUUUGGUUUUGUAAACCUGGGCAGCCUGGUUGACCUGAUGACCCCUGAAAACAUUCAUUAAUAUUUUUUUUAAGUGUUUUGGCAUAAAUGUUUAAUCUUUAGUGACUUGUGAGAAUUUUUUAAAAAAUCUUAAAAAUUGUAAUGGCACAAACAAAAAUGUUUGUUACACAAACUUAUCACAGUUGACACCAUAUUUUGUUUUAUUUUCUAAAUAUGAACUGACUGGUUGACCUCUGACCUCUGGAAACAUUUAUUAAUGUCUUUUAAAGUGAUAGCUGCACAAAAAAAAGUUUUGGUGACACCAAUUCUGUUUCAUUUGAAGAGGUGAGGAGUCGACUUCACUCAGGUCGACUCUCCUCCUUGGUAAGAGUUAAACACCUGGCUACUGUCUCCUCCUAGUGGAGGGAAUGUAAACUGCAGGCAUCGUAUAAAACACUCAUGCAGGCAACUAGCAGUGAUGCAAGCACAACCGGAGAAGGCACAACUGUCUCCACUUCACAUGUUUAGUCCAACAUCAGUGUUACGGAUAUGACCUUACUGUUACUGGAUGCCUCUGUCCUCGUCGGAUUGCUUCUACUCAAUAUUUGCAUUAUGCAAACUGAAACUACUGUUUAUCGCUCGACGUGCAGAAAGACGCUGCUGCGGUGCUAAAACGCAACAAUCAGCACCCCUGCAAUAAAUUCCCCUUCCCCGCCUUUUUUACUUAUUUUAACUCGAUUAGAUGAAAUCUUAAUGGAUCUGGAAGAUGUCAGCAGGUUCAGCACAACCAAGCUGCUUGGCAGAAGUAUUGAAGCCCCAUAUUUUCUCAGCUUAGAACCACAAACUUUGAUUUAUCUUUAUUGGGAUUUUAGACGUUAAAAACGGUGCAGGGUUUGAAAAGCGAUGCUCAUCCUGCAGUUAUGGAUUUUCUUUUAGCUUUGCACAUCUGGAAACUAAAAUAUUCCUGUUGUUCUCUGCAAAAUUAGAUGGGAUGAAGGUCCAGGCUUUGACUAGGCCAUUUUAACACAGGAAUAUGUGUUGAUCAAGUCUUUCAAGGAUAACAACACUCUCUCCUGGAUUGCUUUGUAUUUGGCUCCGUUAUUUCCAUCAGAUUCCUGUUGAAGGAAAGCAUUCCCACAGCAUCAUACCUCCACCAUUGUGUUUAACAGUGGCAGUGUUUAGCUGUGUAUGCUUUUUUUUCCCUCCAUUUGAUAAAAUGAUGACUUUCUUUAUGCCACGCUUCCAUAAAGGUCACGUUUUUCUGUGAACAGAGUUGCCAUGUCAGCUCUUGGCCUGUUCUCUGAUUAAUUAUCUUAUUUUUGUCAGUUGCUAAAUGUAAUUGUUGUGUGUUUUAGUUAGGGGUAUCACAGAAAAGGAGGGCUGAAUACAAAUACAUUGAAAAUCAUGUAUUACUUUCUCUCUACUUUCACAUAAAAUCCCAAUAAAAUGAACAGAAGUUUCUGGUCUUCGUGGGACAGAAGCUGGAACCAGUUGAAGGGGUUUGGAUACUUUUGCAUCAGGCGCUGUAAAUAAAAGCAAUAGCACCAGCUGAGAUCUGUGACGCUACUCACCCACUCUGGAAGUGAAAAAAGGUUGGGGGGUUUUCCCCCUUGACUCUUCACAGAUGCAGCUUUUCCUCGCAGGAUAUCAGGAACAAAAACAUUCAAACAGCAGUCCUGAACUUAAACGUGUUGACUGUUGACGCUGCUGCAGGAAGGAACGGAUUGUGGCUGCGUUGAUGCGUAAAGUGGCGUUCCGGUUCAAUUUCAGGUGCUGCAGGUGAAUUUCAAAGGUGUGGGAAAGUUUUUCUUCUGUUUUUUCACUCUUCUGUCAGCUGCUACACUGGCUGUUUUAAAUGCUCUUUGCACCAAAUGAAGAACAAACACUAAAUAAAUCAGACACUGGGUUUAACACAAGGUUAUCGAAGCUUAAACUAAAAAUAUUAUAAUUUUCUGAAAUCAUACAAGAUUUCUAAGAAUUCCUGUUUCCUCCUUGCUUAGAUCAAAUGAAAACCACCUCAGAUAAUUUACUUAGAGGCUGGAGGUGUUUUAUUCUCCUCCCUUCAAGCACUUUUCCAGAUGUUUUCUGGAUUUUUUGUUUCCCCCAUCAUCUCUGCAGACACUGCCGGCUGGAAGUAUGGGGCUCCAACUGGAGGCUUUUAUUCCAACCGCUUCCUUCCAGUUCACUGCUGACCGCUAAACCAAGCAAAUAAUUGCACAAUUUUAAACUAGCAUUGAUCCCUUUGAAAGUUACACCCUCGUCAUGUCUAUCAAGCGCUGGAAAUAAGCUGAUAAUUAGGUGGAUUUAUUUAAGUCUUCCUUGUUACUUCGAGUUCAAGACUGUUGUGGUUCUCAAGUCUUGCUGUUUUAUCAUUUCGCUACAAGAAGCCAUGAUGUUGGACUCCAGUUGCUUUGCUAAUUCAGUCUUCUCUCAUCGAGUUUGGUAGAAAAGCACAAAAUAGUAUGCAAUUCACUGCCUUGCCCUCUAGAGGGUGCUCCUGUCUUGUUUUCCUUAUGAACUCGGUUCUGACUCUGGCCCUGCUGCUCUAAAUACUAACACUAACCCCCCAUUAAACGGAUAAUAAGGUGUGUUUUUAUUAGUGUUGUUUAAACACUAUUUAAUAGCAAGAUGUUGCUAAAGCUGCUCAAUUUACAACGAAACACAACCGUUGUCAGUGUGAAUGUGUGUCAGCAUGUGUUGGUAAUGUAGGAUUUUAUGAUACACAUGAAUAAAUCUUUUGGUGGGAGAAAAACUUGUUUUUCUUUUAGUUUUUUUGUUCUCUCCUUUCCUCCAAAGUAAUAAUUAUCUCCCAAACUCCGUUUUUACAGCCUGCAAAACUUUUUUUUAUAUAUAUAUCUAUAUAUAUUUAAGACAACAAACAGAAGCGCUUGUGAGGUUGUAUAAAUAGGUUCCGAGUUAUUUUUGUAAGCCCAAAGUUUUACAGUGUUUUUAAAAGGGUAAGAAUGUAUUUUGUUGGAAACUUCCACAGUUCUGAGAAUAAGCUUGGAAAUAGCCUGGAUCUGGGGGUGGAAAUGUUUGGGCUGUUGAAGGAAACCCCCACAUGGGCCUUUUUGAUACUUGAGGCUCCUCUCAUUGAGAAAAAUUUCCUUAAUACUGACGAACCAAUUUGAGAAUAAAUACAUCUAUAUAUUUAUAGUGAGAUUUUUUUUUUUUUUUUUUUUGUUUGUUUCAAAUAGGUUUCCUUGUUGGAAGUUUAGUUGAGAUCAUUUAGGAUGUUCUUUCUGGCUAAUUGUCUAGAAGUCCAGCUUUUGUUUGUUGCUUUCUAAAUUUGUGAACCUUUCAUUUUUGAUGCUGCAGCCGUCAGUCCGUGCUUCAAUUAAACAAGUUUUUUUUGACUGCUCAUUUCCUCAGAACAAGAAGAGAAAUGGCUCUGCAUUAGUUUGCAAUACCGUCGACUCGAUUAUAUUUUUCUAUGAUCUUUUAUUUGGGGGCAACGGGGAAAACCUCUGAGCUGCAUGGGACUGGAACUGUUGCAUGUAAAUGGCGAACCAUUUUACCAAAUUCGUACGUUACUUUAACCUGAUUUUUGUUCUUUGUUGUAAUUUGUUCUGUUUUGAUUUUUCUAUCUUUCUUUUUGUUCGGUUUGUUUUUAAAAAGAAGCACUAAAAGGCUGCGUGACAGUGCAAUCUGGAUAGAAAGAACAUCAGAUUUUAUGUUAGGUAUUAUGAUUAUUUUUUUUGCACCGUUUGAAUAAAUUCUCAUUGUAUUUCAAGGAUCUGUCGUCUCUCCUCUGUUUCUGUUGAGUAGCUCCAUUUUGUCAGUUUAAUCCAAAACAACAAACCUUGACAUUUGAAUAUUAGAUUAAUAGUAAGAUUAGCUGUAAGUGAACUUACCGAGAUAAAAAAAAAGUUGUUUUCUCUAUCAAGAAAACAAAUUUUCUACCAGUUGUUAAAGCAAACCAGUAAAUAAAAUACACAUGAAAGUAAUUUGUGGCUGUAAUCCAACUUGUUCCUUCCCACUAAGAAACAUUAAAAACUAUAGACUCUCCAGUUUGGCUGUCAUCUGAAUCCUAAGCUGUUUCUGAAGAAAUUGAUCACCUGGAAGUGUUUUUAUUGCAAAACGUUUCUCUUAUUUGUUCUGUUUUAUCUUAACCUUGCUGCAUAAUACAUUAGUGAAUAACUCCCAGCUCAGAUAAUCCACGCUCCUGUGUCUGAGACUGUUUUAUGUAUUAGAGAAAUUGGAAACCCUGAUGCAAUAUUAAACAGCUUCCCAUGUGGCUUAAAAAAAAAAAUCCAGACCUCUAUAUUAGUUGACUGGGACGCCGGCUCCUCACCUGCUC